AUGGUCGGCUAUACAGUAAUGGAGGAACUGUUACUUCAUUUCUAUGAGUACAUUCGUGCAGGGGGUACAUCUAUCGAAGAAUUGAAACUAUUUCCAAUGCUCAAUUUUAUUACUAUGGUGGCAGGUGGAGAUGACAAGAAUGCCCGUGAAUAUCUUUCGAAAAAUCAAGAUUCCCUUUCUGAAAAUGAGAAAUAUAUUAUCGAAACCAUUUCUUAUCUUGUGAAUCAUUCAAAGACUCCCAAUGUCAAAGAGGAAAUAUUAAGAAAUUCCAGCUUUUAUCAACGAUUCCAUGGAUUUGUUACGCUAUUUAAUAGACAGUUCGAGGAGGCAAAAAAGUUACUAACAAGGGCUAUUGAAAUCAAUCCCUGCGAUUGUCGUGCCUUGUACAACUUGGGGUUGACAUAUUUAUUCCUGAACGACAAAGACCGUGGUAAAAUAUACCUGCAAGAGUCCCUUAACACAAGUCCAAACUAUACGAGUCCAAUGACAUAUAUGGGGAUGCUGUACGAACAAGAAGGAAAUUAUGUAUGUGCAGAAGAAUAUUUCAAUAGAGCUCAUCAAUUGUGGUAUCUUUAUGAUCGACGAGAUGAAUCUAUUCCGCGUGCUCUGAUGGCUAGAGGACUGUUGUAUUUGAACAAUCGGUUAUUUGAUAAGGCUAUUCAAGAUUUUACUUUGUGUCUCGAAAUAGAUCCUUCUUUCACACAUUUUUACUGCUAUAGAGGACGUGUUUAUUUGGAAAGAGGUUGGAAAAACAAUGAUAGCAGCGAUUUCGACAAUGCCAACAAAGAUCUUCAACAGGCUCUCGCAAUGUCUCCAAUGGAUCCGCUUGCUUAUUUAUACAAAGCCCAACUACACCUUAAAAGAAAUGAAAUUGUCAGUGCUGAAACUUGCAUUGAAUUGUCACAAAAAUAUCUCAACUAUUUGAAGACAAUAGUAGUACCAGAAAACGCGAUUUUCAGACAUGGAUUUAUUUUCAAGCACUUUUUGUACCUAAAAAACACGGAAAGAGGUCACAAUAGCCCUUCAAGGCUGACGUUUUUAAUGAGCUACAUUGACCUCGAGAAGGAAAUACGGGAGAUCAAGAAUGAAAUUGCUGGGCUUUGUAAGGCUAAAUGA